AUGUUCAUCCUUUCCAGAGACACUAAUCGCAUCUUCAUCUCCACAAAAAUGGACCAUCACAAGCACGACGCUUCCAGCAAAGCACAAGAAAUGGGACAUGCAGCCAAGGAAAAGAUGCAUGAUGCUGCCAAUGCUGUCAAAAGUGCCGCUGAAAGGGCCGCUGAUAAGGAGAUACGUGCCGAUAUCAGUCGUUUCGAAGAUGUGGUACAGCUCAGAGCAGUGGAUGAAAUAUCCUCAUCACUGGAUCCUUGGGCAGCCAGACUGUAA